AUGGGAGCUGCUUAUGGCGAUUUCCCCUUCCAUAUGAAUCUUAUCACCUCAUUUGUAUACGGAUGCAACAAACACAGAAAGAAUCUACUUGACAUAUUGUCUCCAUUUUAUGCACACGAAAAUUUAGCUUAUCCUUUUAUUCCAAACUUUUAUUCAGCUGUCUUGAUAUCAUGCUACGACGCAACAAUACAUGACAGCGCUGCGAUUCCUUCUAUCAUUUACAUAUUUUCUAUUUUCAUUAUUCUUUCAAAUAUCACAUUUCGACUUUCAAAGAGUGAAGCAGCUUGUUGCGUCGCACCAUACUUAUUCAUAUUUACAGGCGGUUUAGGUUUCACUCAAUAUUUCUACAGAGAAAUCAGAAAAGAAUGGAAUAUUGAUUUUGUUCAUUACUGGGGAAAGGGCAGAGAAGAAUUUUGGUUCCAGACGAUUGUUCACAUUCUUUUACCACAACGCGCUUCCCUGUUUUCGAUCCCUCUCGCUUGGGGAGCGAUUUCAAUUUUGAUGAGUACCUUAAACAACCAGAAUUACUCACAAUUCAUAGCAGUAGCGCUCAUAGUUGGUAUUCUACCGCAAGUUCAUCCGCAUUCCAUCAUUGCUUUAAUGGAAUGGGGCUCAUGUUUUGGAUUAAUUCAACUAAUUCGCGUAAAAAAGUCAAAAGUAUGCAAAUUGGUUGGAUGCUAUUUCGUUCUUGGUAUUAUUGCUAUAAGUGUCGGAGUUCCUCAGUUCCUUCCUUAUUUCAAACGCGUAGAAUCGAAUAAUUUCAUGAAAUUGAUGCCAAUUGGACAAGAAAUUGGGCAAGCAAGCCAAUUAAAGUUAUGGUGGUAUGCAUUAGGAGCUUUCUUUGUACUGAGUGUUGUUCAUGUUCCAAUAUCUUUAGAUUCAGAAAAAUUAUCUUAUUAUAUACCAUCUCUUUUCGUAUUUUUACUCAGCAACUAUCUUGUUUAUCAGCCAUGGGCUUUAGAUAACACAAAAGUCUUUAAUGCUGCCUAUAUACCUUUGGCUUGUGCUGGAAUUGCAUAUUAUAUGGUGUCACUUUUCCGAUAUAAGAAUUUCGGAAAAAUUAUUUCUAUCGUUCUUUUUAUUUUCUGCAUUGCCAGUGGAUUAAUAUCAGUUAUCUUAUGCUUCCAGUAUUCCCAUAAGCUAUGGCCUGGUAGAGGCCUUGAAGAGUACACAGUUGCAAGAUUUAUCAUAAAGAACACGCCUUACGACUCUAUUUGGAUUUCUGAUUCAGACCACAGGAACCCUGUUGUAUGUCUUGCAGGAAGACAAGUUUUUUUGGGUUACAGAGGCUGGUUAGCAUCUCAUAAUCUUCCCGACCAGGAAAGAAUGGCAAUUAUUAGUCACUUAGAGAGAAACCCUGAAAACACGUAUGCAAUAGACAGAUUAAAUGUUUCUUACGUAAUAGUUAGAAAAGAAUUUGACGAAGUGACUUUCAAACCUCAGCCAAAUAGCGCUAAAUGGAAGCAAAUAUACAAAACUGCUUAUACUACAAUCUAUCAAAGAACUAAAUAA